AGCUGUCCCACUAAUUAUUUGUUAUAUUUUAUCGUUAUCAUGUAAUCGUCAGAGCAAACGAUAUAUAAAUAAAUAGAAAUUUGAUUUACCCAAGUAUCCUCUAGAAAGUACAGACAAGAUAUAAUAUGUUCAAAAUGAAUUUACAAGUCUUCGUUUUUGUGAUUUUCUGUGUCGGUGCGGGUUUAGGAGAAAAAGCUAAAUUCUGCGAUAAGUCACAAAGUAUCAGUGAAAUUAGAAUUCCAGUUGAAGAAACAUUUAGUCAAGGUGACUUUGAUUAUUAUCACACUGUUAUUAAGGUUGCAGGUCCAAUUUUGAAAGAAGCGUUUUUCUUGGUGCCUAACCCUUCACCGUUUACCAUUAUCGCAGAUUACAAAUGUAGGAUAACCAAGACCGGUGACUUUGCCUACCAGCAAGUAUGCAAUGGAUUCGAUCCAAACUGCAAUUCAUGCAUAGAAUACAGCUUCCCAAUGACGUCCGAGUCUGACGGAGACAAGAUCUCAGUUACAAUAAUAGAUCCGAACGGAAAACCGGUAAAUGAGUACUACUGGUCCCCUUGUCCAACUAAAUACAUUCUGAGACUACAAUGUCCAAGACACAGCAUUCAAGAACGCAAUAAAUGUGCACGGUCUGGCGCUCGGAUGAGCGUUUUUCUAGUGGGUGAGAUGAACAAAAGUAGUGCACCAUGGACUGAUAUCUCAUUAGACAUCUUCGCUAAAACUGGGGUCAAGUUUGGAGAGAUUGAUGGCAUGAAUUGGUUUAACGUAAAAGAUACAGGAACUCAAUGUGACGUUUGUAGAAGAUGAGGAAAGCAAAGAUAAAUGAAUGAAGAUAGACGCUUAAACCCCAAUAUAUAAAAUACGAAAGUGAUUACUUGAUAUAAUUAUAAAUGUAUUUAGCAUCAUUAUUUGAUUUGUGUUCUUUUUUGAUGCCAUUUUGCACACUAUAUCGGGUUGCAAAACUAAGUUUCGCGUACAUGCAUCAGAUCGCCAGGAAAACCUUAUCAGGAUCAAAUCCAAUACA